AUGAAAAACUCUAGAAAAGCAAGAAGAGAAUAUACAAGAACUAGGGGUGAUGGUUUUGAUUCUAAGUUUGAGCAAUUGAAGGAGGAGAGUCAGGGAGCUUGGAGUUCAUUGAAGUAUGUCUUCAGUCGUCAAUGUCAUCCUUAUCUGAUUAUCAAUUGUGUACGGGAGAUAUGUCUGCAAUUUACGGGGAUGUUUGCCAUCAGUUUCUUCUUUCCAACUCUUCUAAUGAAAUUUGAUGUCUCCGCAUAUGUAUCUUAUGUGGCACUAAUGGUUCUUGAAUAUGUGAACUUGGCCACAAUUUCAAUUUUGCUACUGAAAGGGCAUUAUUCUGUGUUGUAUUCUACACGUAGUGAAGCAUAUAGAUUUUUUGGAUUCCUCCUGGUUUAUUCACUUGGAUAUGGAGUAACUUCAUUAGAAUGGAUUGAAGUUGAUUUCCCAAGGAGAGCUAGUUCAGCUGCUGGCCCUAUGAUGAUGAGUAUAAGUUUUUUGAUUAAGUUCAUGAUGAGCUAUGCACUACUGCCAGUGAUUUGCAGCAUGAAAGGAGGAUUAUUUGUCCUUUUUACAGUAAUUGUUGUCUGCAUGCUGGUCCUCAUUUAUCUCCUAGUUCCAGAGAGUUCAGAUAUUCCAGAAGAAGAGAUGGAUGAAAAAGUUUAG